CAAUGGCUUCCUCACUCACUUCUUUGUUCAUUUCUCCCCCACACUGAUAUGAGACUCACCAACUCUCUCCCGGACCUCCAUACCCAUCGCCGUAACCCUCCGCAGGAGACCGACGCCUCUCAACUCCACCACCACCACCACCAACUUCAAACCUCUCUCUUUCAUCCUUCUACCUUCUCCUCCGACGAUUUCCUCGACCAAAUCCUCUCCACUGUCCCCUCUCCCUGGGAACUUCCCCCCGGUCUCCCUUCCCAACCAUUGCCGCCAUCUAAUCCUGACAAUGUUGAGUUUCACGUCGGCGAUACAACUCCGGCGGCUAAAAUGGCCAUGUCCUUGCUUCAACAGCAGUUACUCAUGUCGAGAGGAAUCGUCCCUGCCUCCGCUGGCGAUGAUUGCGGUCUUCUUCCAAUGCCUGGUAACAACGUCGUUGAAGUAGACGGCUCUUCUUCUUCGUCUUUCAAAUGCCCUAAUCCGACUGAUCAUGGUUCUGUCGUUCCUUCUCUUUUCAACGAAUUCGCCGGGUUUCUGAACUCGACCGGUCCCGGCAGCCAGAAUCAGAAUCAAUCUCAGGGGAACUCAAACUCUCAGAUACCGAACUUCGGAGGUCCGGUAUCAGCCAGUACACCACCUCCGGCCGGGCCUAGCUCCUGCGGCGGUGCUGCAGCAGCAGCAGCACCGGGUCAGCCCCGGCAGCGAGUCAGAGCUCGGAGAGGACAAGCCACAGAUCCUCAUAGUAUAGCCGAAAGAUUACGGAGAGAGCGAAUUGCGGAGAGAAUGAAAGCUCUACAAGAACUUGUUCCCAACGCUAACAAGACAGACAAGGCUUCUAUGCUGGAUGAGAUCAUAGACUAUGUAAAGUUCCUCCAGCUUCAAGUCAAAGUUCUGAGUGUCAGCAGGUUGGGCGGUGCCACUGCAGCCAUGCCUUCUCGUCUACCCGAUCUUUCCACUGAGGGUGGCACUGAGUGCAACCAGUCCAACGGAACUAAUGGGGCCAGUGGGCAGACUUCCACCGGAGCUCCGUCGAGUAAUGACGCGAUGACGGUGACGGAGCACCAGGUUGUGAAGUUAAUGGAGGAGGACAUGGGCUCCGCCAUGCAGUACUUACAAGGCAAAGGCCUCUGCCUCAUGCCCAUUUCUCUCGCCACCGCUAUCUCCACCGCUACAUGUCACAGCCGCCCAAUCACGGCGUCCAAGGGCGGAGGAGAUCCCCCCACCUCUCCCAGCCUUUCGGCGUUGACCGUCCAGUCAACUGCCUUGGGUAACGGCACCGUCGACAAACCCGUCAGAGACACCCUCUCCGUUUCCCGGCCGUGAGCUAACGGCGUCAUGUCAUUUGACCUGGUAAGCAAAUGCCCACUAAAGUCUAAGGAAAUAUGGUUUCUCUCAAUACGACGCCGUAUUUGCUUAGCCUUUAGUAGGAAAGAAAAAAAAAACCCUUUUCUUUUACAAUGAAUCUCUCUCUCUCUCUC